AUGGCAGAUGAAUUAGUCCGAAAUGCUAAACAAAAUGAAAGGAUAAGACUUUUGAUUGAAGAAAAUAGACGUAAGAAACAGGAGUGCAAUGAAUGUCCAGAUUCUGUGGACUCGACAACCAGUCCAUCAAAUCAAUCAUCAGAUGAAUCGCUACAUAAACUAAUUGAUAGGUCGGAGGUAAUCGAGAUGUCGGUUAAAGGUGCAGACCUAGCACUUCAGGAAAUGGCUAAAUAUGUGAAACAAUUGAAUGGAUUCACAGAUAACUGUCUCGAAGACCAGGAAUCACUCGUAAAGUAUGCCUUCUUUGAGAUCAGUACACUGAGAGGGGUCACGUUAUAUGACAUACAAACUGACUGUUUUAAAGUUUACAAGUUAAUUGCAAUACAACUAUUCAACCCAAACAGACCUAAUAUCAGACAUAAAGACAACAUUAAGUAA